UGAUCCCAGGUUACAUCGUCGAUCUUAUUCGACGACCGCUCUUUGACAAGAUGUGACCCACAGCUGUGGUAUCGUAUAAGGUACUUGUGUCCCAGACGAAGAGGUUCAAGAGAUCGUACCGUCGCUGGACUGCCUCAGAAAGCGUGUUGUAGAUCGACUAGCAACUCAUAUAAAACAUAGACCAACACCCGUUCUAAUCAAGUCCCGUGUUAUUUGACCCUGCCUGAAAAGCAAACAAUACCCCUGCCGCCUUCGCCCUUCUCUAGCCGCUCACCUACAUUAACACACGACUUAUCCACCUGCUGUGAUAACAUGAAUUAUACAAGGAAGCGUGCUCUUCUUGCUUGCGACUUUUGUCGACACCGUAAACGGAAAUGUGAUGGGAAAAAGCCUUGCUUUACGUGUAGAGAUUCUAACGCGGACUGUGUCUACCAAGAGCUCCCCUCUGACAGAAUUGAAGAGAGUGGCCCGGCUGCUGUCAUAGACAGACUUAGUCGGAUCGAAGCUAUCCUAGAGCAGCAGAGUCAACAGAUAUACCAGCUGAAUAUACGGCCAAGCCAAAGCCCAAACCCCAGCCCGCAUCCUACGAGUCAGUCGGAUCAUCUAUCAGAAAGACAGAGUGAUUUUUUUAUCCGAUUACCUGGCGAUCCCGAUACAUCAUUGGAAUCAUCUUCGUUUCUUAUCCCCAAAAACCAUGGGGCUUUGGCCACGACGCUCCUAGCCCUUCCACAAGUUCGGGACAUCAUUGGCGAAUACCCGCGAGACUAUUUCUUCCAAGUCGAAGAGCAAUUGCCUUUGCCAGGGAUCCUCGACCGAAUCCACGAUGGACCGUUAACAUGGCCGUUACUUGAUCCUGGAACUAUGGAUAUUUUAGCUGCAAGCUAUUUCCAACAUGUUCAUCCCCACCAGCCACUUUUCACACCACGAACAUUUAGAUCUUGGCAGACGAGACUGUUAGAUCACGAUCUCGAUGGUAUUACGACGUCCAUAUGUCUUUGUGUCUACGCUCUCGGCGCUAUGUCGUCGACGCAGGGUGGCCACCAGAAAGCUCCCGAGACGCUUGGGCUCGAAUACUUUCAACCAGCGCUUAAGAUGAUAGUUCGCGAUGUGCUCUGGGAGUUUCGCUCAAGCAUCUCGAUGUGCCAGGCAUUAUUGCUAGCAUCUUCGUACUUUGCCCAUUUGGGACGACCGUUACAUAGUUUAAGGAUGGGCCACUUCGCAUCACAGCUGUUUCUAAAUAUUUCAGAGAGACGAAAUAAUCUUACACAUGUGGAAUUUGAUGACGAGGAAGUGCGGGUGUAUUGGCAAUGCUUUAUGGUUGAAUGCGAUGGAGUCGCUGAGAUCGAUGCAUCUCGUAGUGGGAUCGAACCAUUAGGAGACAUGAUGCCUCUACCCCAGAGUUUGGAGUCGAGCGACGACAGAAACCACAUUUACGCGAUCGCCGAACACGCAAUUAGGCGACUUCUCAAUCGCAUCCUAAGCGCCCUUUACAAUCCAGAUAGUACCCAUCGGUACUCACUUAUACCCCCAGACCCCGUUCGCAUUUGGCAGAGAAUGGGGCUUCCAAAACUCGUGUCGCUUAGUGCCGAACUCAAUCGGCAGCUCGAGCAAUGGUACCGCUCGAUUCCUGAAUACCUGAGGUUCACCAAAGGUACAGAUCCGCUGCCAAACGACCGUUCGCGAGUCCUGCGAAUACGAUAUUACAUGGCAAGGCAUUUGAUCCACCGCCCGUUCCUGUUACAAGCCGUUGCCAGGCAGCAAGACAGUCGAUCAUCACCGUUAUCUCCUUUACCAGAGUCGGAUCCUUUCAAUCUUCCAGUGCCCAUAGCUUUGGAAAAGUGCGAAAUCUGUAUUGAUUCGUGCGUAAAUUACCUUGAAAAUGUUAUAUGUAUGAUUGAUAAGAGGUCACCAUAUUUGUGGACAUUCGCCCAGAAUUGUAUGGCCACGCUUAUAGUUCUUUGGUUGGCGGAUAACUCAGCACGCCUAAGCCACCUUGUGCCGGCAAUGCAGCCAAUCCAGAACGUCAUCCUAGAUAGGCUACGCCAAUGGGCCGUCGAAAACUCAAGUUUCGAUAGCGAAGUCAGAAUCAUUGAAAAUUUAAUUUUCUCGGAUAGGGGCUGAAAUCGUGGAAAAGGUUCGAAAACUAAUCCUGUUUGUACCAACGAAUACCUUAUAGGAAACAUGCUGGACAUGUGCAUUACGCGACAGGAAAACCAAAGAAGAAAAGAAUCAAAAAGCACCAGGAAGCGAUAGCGAAUAUGGACUUGUCGUGGGAUUCUAAGCAUCAGGCUUAGUUAUCCAGCUGAUGCGAUACCUAGGUAUGAGCAUCGACGUCAUGGUAGGAGCUGAGUAACCAAUUGUGCAUU